AUGAAAAUUGUGGAGAAAACUUUUAAUUCUUUGAAAUUAAAGAUUGUGAGAAUUGGAUCUACUGUUGAGCAAGGAACAACGGCUAGAAGGAGCAAUAGAAUCGCAGAAAGAAGAAGAAUUACAAAUCUUGAUCACCAAGAGGAAAGAAUAGAAGAAUCUCAAGAAAGUGAACUCCAACAUGAACCUCAGCCCGAACAAGAGCGGAAUAAUGAUAUUAAUUAUGAUAGAGUGAGUAUUCGUACUUUGCAAACAAGUUCUACUGGAGAAGAAACACAAAGGAUUGGAAUACCAGGAAGAAUUGAUGGAAAUGAAGAAGAUAUGACAAUUGCAGAACUUAGACAAAGAUUGAUUGCAGAACGGAGAAGAGAUGACGAAGAGCGUGCGAAUUUGAUUCGUCAAAAUGAUGAUCUGAGAGAAGAAAAUCUUAGGUUACAUGAACAGAGAUCAAGAAGUGCUACAAGGUCGAGAUCAAGGUCAAGCAGAAGUUCAUCAAAACAAAGUCAAUCUAACCGUGAAAAUGAUAGGCAAAGACAUCGCAUGGAAUUUAUUGAAGAAAAUUCGCAAGAAAAUAAUAAUUCACAGGAUCAACAGGAGAAAAGACUUAUAAUUCAAGAUCGAGGAACUAAACGAUAUGAACAUCCACGUGAGCUUCUUCGUCGCACACAUCAUAAUCUUGAAAGAGAGGAAGAUGAUCCAAGACAAGAGUAG